AAGGAAAAGCAGGAGCAGUCUCAUAGUUACUGUGAUGCAAUCUGCGGUACGAAACAAAUUCAAUUACCACCAAUUUCGUCCCGAUCACCUGCAUUCAGAUCUGCUGUUGCAAAUCAUACUCGUCCCGUAUUCAUACCAACGUUGAUUUCCGUGAGGGAGUCAGAGAAGGAAAAAAUAGCAGCCUUCGUUUUCGAUGAGUUCCACAAAACACAAUGAGUCACCCCAUGCAUUCUAUCGCAUUAUGGAGACUCUUGUAUUGAUAGGGUUUGGACUGCUUUUGUUGAUAUCACAGAUAGAGGGACUGGCGGGAUCAUCGCCCCCUCGACGUCCUCCGCGGAUACGACCCCGGAGGCAAUCUCCAAGCACUUCGUCCUCCGACAGCGAUUUCGACACCGGCGGUGGAAGCAGCAACCACAACAAGAGCAAGGCCACUGGAAACGACAGAGAGGAAUUGAGGGUUCGACGGCACGAGCAGGCCCUUCAGGAUCCAUCACUGCUGACCACAGUUCGGUUUUCCGACCGCACCGACAUCCACCCGGACACGCGAAGGGCCCUGGAGGAGGGCUUUGGGCUCAGGGCCAUGACCCGGGUCCAGGCAGAGACGUACGGGGCCGCUCUGGAGGGAAGGUCCAUCCUGGCUCGUUCCAGAACGGGCACCGGAAAGACGCUUGCCUUUUUGCUGCCUACCAUCGAGCGGCUGCUCGACUCCGACCUCGACCUCUAUCAACCCGGUCGGUCCAUCGGGUGCGUAAUCUUGGCACCGACCAGGGAGCUCGCGAUCCAAAUCGCCGACCAAGCAGAGAUUCUGUUUGAUUAUCACAACAAGCAGCGCCCCAGCAACAAGCAGUUGUCCGUCGCGUGUAUUUAUGGUAAGGCUCUCGCAGUGUCACCGUUCUGUUGCUACUCGCCACAAGAAGAGCCGCAGGAGAAGCUAUCGAGGGACAAUGGUUCGACUACUUUUCUUCAUUAUACCAGGCCUGACUGAUAAUCUCUUUCUUGCGUUUCUCCAAAUUCGAUCAGGCGGGGUGAAAAUGCAGCGAGACGUACGAUUGCUGACAGGUGGGUAUCGGGGGGCAGGCCUACCAACCAUAUUGGUGGCAACACCAGCUCGUCUCCUGGAACACCUGGAAGGAAAUUCCCCGCUUAAUAAAAACCAUAGAUACAACCGCAACCACCAACAAGAGCAACGGAGCAAGAACUCCUUUGCAGAUGUUGUCGCCGACACAAAAAUCGUUGUUCUCGACGAAACAGAUCGGUUGUUGCAAAAGAGCAACCAAUACGAGACACAGAAAAUUCUGGGUUUCAUGGCGAGGGCAGAAAAGCGACAAACACUUCUUUUUUCGGCGACCAUUCCCAGAGCUGUGCGGAGGCUGAUAUCAACUUCUUCGGUACUCAACAAGAAGGUCAAACACAACAACGGGCGACGUGAGAGAAAAGACGACGACGCCACUUUUUUGGAAGUGGAUUGCAUUGGAAACAAAAACGACCGACCGGACGACACGGCACCCGUCGGCGACAAGCAAUCGCCUGCAGCAGUGACUCUCGAUGCGGAAAUAGAAGGAUCCCCCGACUCCGUGCACCGGCAGCGCAUCGAAGAAACGUUUGCAGUGCUCGAAAACAUGUCGCAGUUCAUACCGGCGCUCUUGGCAAUUAUUCGGCGAGAAAAACAACGGGAUAGUCAAAACUACAAGAUUCUGGUAUUCUUCCCAGCUGGCCGCAUGGUCCGGUUUAUGUUCCAGUUCUUCACGAUAGGGGUUAUCGAAGGCAAGAACAACAUUUGGGAGAUACAUUCUCGAAUGUCGCAAUCAUCCCGGACUCGAGCAAGCGCCGCCUUUCGGAAUGCUCGCAAUGGCAUUUUGUUUUCCAGUGAUGUAUCUGCCCGGGGAUUGGAUUAUCCAGACAUUUCGCUCGUCGUACAAAUGGGAGCACCGUCCAGCGACCAGGACUAUAUCCAUCGAAUUGGUAGAACAGGCAGGGCGGGGCAGGUGGGCAGGAGUCUCUUGGUCCUCUUGCCCUUCGAAAGGCAAAAGAAAGAGCAGCGCCGGCAGAAGGGGGGGAACAAGAAGCGGCCGGGGAAGGUGAGCUACCGCAACGAUGCCAGCAUAAAGCAAGACAGACAGUUGUCGUCAUGGCUGAACGAAUGUGGACACGACGACCAUGAGGAAAUGUCUUCUUCGAAAUCACUUUAUCAAAAGUGUCAAGACGACCUCGAAUCCACGAGAUUGAAGGUCAGGAGUGGUCACGUUGUUUUGACAACGGGUGCCGAAGCUGCAUACAAAACAUUCUUGGCGCAUUACGUCGCCACAAUAAAGCCUCCCAAUAAGUCAAAGAGCGGUACAAAGCAGUAUACGAAUAGAGGCAACAGCGUUAACAACCUCAAGCCAUCUGAGGUUCUUGUCCACGCCGAAGAUUUUGCUAGGGGUACAGGGCUCGCCGAUGCACCCGAGAUGGAAGAAACGUUUUUAUCCAAACUCGGUUUGCUGUAGUGCUGUGUUAGAGGAUCAUCAACAAAGCUUCUAUCAAUGUUUCAAAAUAGAGUUACAGGGUCUUAUCUAUCAUUCAUUAUCCCAAAUAUUUUCACCUUCACCUUCACUUUCACCUUCACCACCUGGCUCUUGACACCACCGAUUGCAGAGCUAUUCGUUUUUGUUCACUGUAGUAGCACCUAUUAAUUGAAUUGUUUUCGAACAACACACGAGAGUCAUUGUCUCCACUCUCUCCAUGUAUUUCGUACAGUAUUUUGUAUACCUUGUUCUUGUUUGCUUAAGCACAGGGUUCAUUUCAAUCCUGACCCACAAUCACUGUUUCUUCUUAAGAGUACUCGCACCACCUUCUCCUCUGCUGUCAUUGCCUUAUCUUCCAUGUAAAAGUCUCCCUGGUUUUGCAGCCCAAACGGUAAGUCUUUCUUUUAUAUUUAUUAUUUUCUCAGUGCUAGUGCUACUAGUACUAGUAGUUGAUGCGUCUUUUCUCCAAGUUUGCUACAGCUAUUGGGGUACGCAGCAUGCUAGUUUGUACUGUACGAAGUAGUAUGAUUAGAGUACGAAGUACAUCACGGCAUUUGUUGUACGUUCUGUUACGGGCCUUAAUCGUAGAUCGGAUGAUCAGGCAUCCGGAAUCCGGAAUCCAAAAUCAGCACUUUUAAAGAAGAACCGAAAGCGCUAUCGUUUACUGUAAUCAGUGAGGGCCAUCGAAAUUUUGAUCGAUGAUAUCUCAUGGUGUGGUGUCAAUUUCUAGUUUCAAAUUGUACCGGCUGGGGAAAACUGUGGAUUGCGACCAGAAUCUAGAACUCCCAUUCCUUUCAUAAUGGGUCACCGCUAUCAUAUCAAACCUACACAAUGAACCAUAAAAUCCCACCUGUAUCCUGAACAGGGAUCAGGCCGCAAAAACAACCAUGGACAGUACGGUAUGGUAUGUAACAACAACUCGUGCUUUUGUCGUCCCCCAUCGGUUGCGUGCAGUAUGUUUGUUUGUGUGAAUCAGUGAGGAUUACGUUUUUUAGAUGACGAGUCGGAGGCCAAAUUCCAGUACGUUUUGUAAUGGAAUGGUUCGAUGUCGAUUGCAAGAACGAGGCAUUUGUCUGAGAUUCACAGAACAAGGAGCGGCAUUAGUACCAAAUAGUUGUGGUAGCUACCGCAAGCAGCGACAACUGCUGGUCGGGUUCCUUUGCUCCUACAAAACCUCAUUGUUCUUUUCACUUGCUUCACCGUAUCCCUUCAACAGAUGAAUACGAUAGAUCUGCUGCGUCAGACUACACCAACGUGAUGACGAACAGCCGUUUGGUGACGAUCGCAAUCCCUACCGAAGGAAAUGUGCACAAACAUCGAGAGGAAUGCUAGUCUUCAAACUGGAGAGAGUAGACCAACGCAGCCCGAAGCGUCACCACUUUUGAGGACCAACGAAGCACAAGCACCAACGCCUGUGGCUUGUCGCACGCCGAUCCAGGACCAUCUGCUACGCUCGAAGCGAGUCCGUAGUUGCGCACGAGCGGUUUGAAAGAACGAACCUUUGUUUGACGACCGCACAGCAAAGACCCGCCAAGUCAUGCAACAACAAUUGUUUCGAAAGCUCCCACUACGGCAUUCGAGACGGAGAAACAGCAAUAGCCAUAACGACAACUUCUAACGUCAUCACUUAUUCCCGCGAAACGCAUCUCACACUAGCCUUA